UGGAAAGUUCAUUGGCCGGUGUUCCUAUUGGAAACCAAGUUGUAUCUACUUCUGUUUCUUGAAUCGAUUAUUUUUCACAAUCGAUGUAUUGAUUAGAAAAUGAAUCUAUUUGAACGUAUUCUAUCUAAUUGAAUAUAUUCUUCUGAUAUUAAAUUAUUAAAAUAAAACGUAUGAAUUUAUCAUUUUCCAAUAUAAAUGUAUCAAUCUUGCAUCUUGCAUUUGAUCUUUCUUGAAAUAAACAUCAGAGAUGACCGGAUCGUUUUACUGAUUCUAUUAUUAUUCACGGUCCUUUUACCUUUUCUUACAUCGAUACAACAAUUAUCGUUCCGACCAUGUUUUAGAGAAUACUACCAAGGAAAUGAUGUUGUAUAGCAACAAUAUAUAGGAAUUUGAUAUAUCUUUAAUGUGAAAGUGAAUCCCAUUGAUAUUACGGAAAAUCUUUUCUUCGCUAUUUUCGGCCAGAAGGAUACAGAUGAUUUUACAAUAUCAUUAAAAAGAAAGAUGCAACCAAAUUGGACAAUAUAUUUUUUUAAGAUAUCCUUUUCUCUAUAUAUGUUGGUUAGUGUAAUUGUACUGAUCAAUCUGUUAAUUGCCAUGAUGACUGACACAUAUCAAAGUAUUCAAUCUCAAAGCGAUAUCGAAUGGAAAUAUGGACUCAGCAAACUUAUUCGUAAAAUGCAAAAAACACGUACAGCAGCUUCGCCGUUGAAUCUCAUUACUUCCUGGAUUCCAUACAUUGGAAAAACAUGUAAACAUCGAAGUCGUGUACGAAAAACUGGUGUCAUGCACUUAUUUACAGGGCAUUCGUUUAUUCAGGACAAUGGAACAUUAACUCAAGAACAUGAUACUAUUAAUUUUCAAUUACUUCGAUCGAGUCCAUUGGAAAGUCAAUUAUCAUUAAAAAAUUCAAUAAGAAUUGAAAAUAUUGUUGAGUGGAAUCUUGUAAGACGAAAAUACAGAUUACGAUUUGGCAAUGAAAUCGAAAAACCAUUUACAGAAGAUUCAUCUAUUAAUUAAUAUUAACUAUUGAAUAAUAUUAUACAUAAUUUAUUGAUACUUAUAAAGUCGCCAUUUUCUCAUGAAUGAAAUCUUUAUAUUUUUUAUUUGAUAUCUCUUUUAUCUUGCUAAUUUAUGAUAAAUUUUAAAUAUAAAGAAAUAUAUUCCUGUAUGAUUAAUGAAAAAAUUAUAAAAGUUA